ACUUAUUUUCUAUCUCCUCAGGGUUCGGUGCUGAGAUCUCUGUGUUUGUUCAGACAGGAGAUUCUGUUCAACUGGAUAUACAGACACAAGAACUACCAGAGUUUGAUGAUUUAUACUGGACAAAAGAUCAAUCCGAAAAUAUAGUUAAAUAUAGUGAAUCUAAAGACGAAUCUAAAAGAGUAAGAAUUUAUAAUUCCUACAAGAACAGAGUGGAUUUCAAUAAUAAAACCUUCUCUCUAAUGCUGAUGAACAUGCAGAAGACAGACAAUGGACUCUACACAGCAAAAACAGUUGGAGAGUUGAACAAAAAUAUUAUUACAUACAAAUUAUUAGUUAUAGACGCAGUGGAUGCUCCUGUCCUGACUCUAACAUCAGACUUAUCCAGCUCUGACCCCUGUAACUUUACAUGUAAAGGAAGUAACAUUAUCAUUAGUUUCACCUAUAAUAGCAGUUGUUCUCCAGAGGAAGUGACAUCUGAUAUCUACACUCUAAGACUGGGCUGCAGUGAUGACUUUAUUAUGUGUAACUACAGCAACCCAGUGAGCUGGAAGACUGACACAAAGAAGGUUAAUGAACUCUGCCCUGUUAAUAAAGGUGCAUACUGUAUACGGUCUUAUGUGUAAAUACAAUCGCAGAUGAAAAACAGAAAAUCAGUGACCUAAUCUUAUACUGUACGAUGUAAUAUGAGGCAAAACAAAUAACAGUAGUCUUAGACUGCACAUCCUCUUCUGUGCACAGUAUAAAAGCACACACAAACAAAACAUGCCAAAAACAAAAAGAAGCGUCUAUUACGAAGGGGUGAGGUUCAUC